UCAUAAAAUAUGAGGAAGACUUUGAAUGAUUUCUAAGUAUAGGGAGGAAAAUGAACGAAAAUUAAAAGUGGAGGGACUAUAGUUGGCUUUAACCCUUUCAUAACCCAGAAUGGUGGGUUGAGAGCUCUCGACGCUCCCGACGUUCUCAUGGCACCUACGGCUGGAGGUCUCAUCAUCUCCCGCUUCACUGCCCUCUCAUCAGAACCCUUCCGCGCUUCACUUUCCAGCCUUGUAGCCGUCACGAAGCGCCCCAACCGCGCCAUAUUACCCCCCACUUCCUCCGCGAGAGCUGCUCCAGUCACCGUCAGGUGCCUGAACGGCGGCGGGGUGUCGGAUGACUUCGUCUCGACCCAAAAAUCCAACUUGGAUCGUGGGUUCUUGGUGAUUGGUAAAAUGUUAAAGCGCAUCGAGCCCCUUGACACAACUUUUAUCACCAAGGCGGUUUCGGAUUCGGCCAAGGAUUCCAUGAAGCAGACCAUUUCCACCAUGCUUGGCCUUCUUCCAUCUGAUCAUUUCGCCGUCUCCAUUUCCCUCUCCAAAGACCCCCUUCAUCGCCUCCUCUUCUCAUCCAUCAUUACUGGAUACACGCUGUGGAACGCAGAGUACAGGAUUUCAUUGACGAGAAAUUGGGACAUACCUUUGGAGAAUACCAGAGAGGAGGAGUAUUUGAGGCAGAGUGAGGUUUUGGAGGAGAAGAGUCAGGGGAGAGAGAGUAAGAGUUGUAUUGAAGAAUUACAGGGGAUAGAGCCCCAGAUUUUUGGAGAUUUGUCACCGGAGGCAUUGAAUUACAUUCAGAAGUUACAAUCUGAGCUGUCUGAAGUAAAGGAGGAUCUGAAUGCGAAAAAGAGGGAAAAUAUGCAAAUAGAAUAUGAAAGAGGAAAUCAGAAUGACUUGUUAGAAUAUUUACGAUCCUUGGAUGCUGACAUGGUGACUGAAUUAUCCCAACCAUCAUCAUUAGAGGUGGAGGAAAUCAUCCACCAACUUGUUCAGAAUAUAUUGCACAGAUUCUUUAAAGAUGAGGUUAACUCUAACUUUAGGGGAGAGACAGUCACAGAAAAUACAGGGAAUCAUCAAUAUGCUGAUGAUGAAAAGCUUGGCACAAUAGGCACUUCCCGUGAUUACCUUGCAAGGCUGCUUUUCUGGUGCGUUGGCAUUUCUCUUGUUUAGGUUUACAUCAAUAUUGUUCAAAUGUCUGUGCAUAUGCAUCAGCACGUAAUUUGUUCUCAUAUUAUCAUUGUCAUUUAUGUUGUAAACAAAUUGCUCUUUCCUUAGUCCAAACAGGCAGUUUAGUACAUGUUUGUCUUCACCUCUGUAGAUGUUUCACAUA